UGAUGUUCCCUGGUGCUGGAGACGAGGGCAUCUUGGAGUACAAGUCUGUCAUCUACUACCAGAUCAAACAGCCACGCUGGUUUGAAACCAUCAAGGUUGCCAUCCCUAUUGAAGACGUGAACCGAAGUCACCUGCGAUUCACCUUCCGUCACCGAUCAUCUCAAGAAUCCAAAGACAAAUCGGAGAAGAUAUUCGCCCUGUCGUUUGUGAAGCUGAUGAGGUACGAUGGGACGACCCUGAGGGACGGAGAGCACGAUCUCAUCGUAUACAAGGCGGAGGCUAAGAAGCUGGAGGACUCGUCUCUGUACCUGAACCUGCCUGCUACCAAGGUGGAGCUGGAGGAGAAGGGAUUGUCCACUACAGGGAAGGGUACACACAACCUGGGCAACUGUACCAUCAGCAAGGACUCCUUCCAGAUAGCAACCCUGGUGUGUUCCACCAAGCUCACACAGAACGUGGAUCUGCUGGGCCUGCUGAAGUGGCGCUCCAACACCAGCCUCCUACAGCAGAACCUCCGACAGCUGAUGAAGGUCGAGGGAGGAGAGGUCGUCAAGUUUCUGCAGGACACCCUUGACGCCCUGUUUAACAUUAUGAUGGAGAACUCAGACAGUGACACGUUUGACACCCUGGUGUUUGAUUCCUUGGUAUUCAUAAUUGGACUCAUUGCAGACAGAAAGUUUCAGCACUUUAACCCUGUCCUUGAAACCUACAUAAGGAAGCAUUUCAGUGCUACUCUGGCGUACACGAAGCUGACCAAGGUUCUGAAGAACUAUGUGGAGAAUGCAGAGAAGCUGACGGAACAGCUGCUGAAGGCCAUGAAAGCCUUGGAGUACAUAUUCAAGUUUAUAGUGCGUUCCAGGGUCCUCUUCAACCAACUGUAUGAGAACAAAGGAGAAGCAGACUUCAUGGAGUCCUUGAGGAAUCUCUUCACUUCCUUCAAUGACAUGAUGAACAUCAACUCUGAGAACACAGGCAUGGUGAAGGGUGCAGCGUUGAGAUACGUCCCCACCAUCGUGAACGACGUCAAACUUGUCUUCGAUCCCAAGGAGCUCAGUAAACUGUUCACAGAGUUCAUUCUGAAGGUUCCUCUGGGUCGUCUGGUCAAACAGAAGCUACACUGCCUCAUCGACAUCGUCCACAGUGAUCUCUUCACACAGCAUGACUGCCGGGAGAUCCUGCUUCCUCUGAUGACAGAACAGCUGAAGUUUCAUCUAGAGAACCAGGAGGAACUGGAGGCCUGCUGUCAGCUGCUGAGUAACAUACUAGAGGUCCUCUACAGGAAGGAUGUGGGUCCUACUCAGUGGCAUGUCCAGAUCAUCAUGGAGAAGCUCCUGAGGACCGUCAACAGAACAGUCAUCUCCAUGGGCAGAGACUCUCCUCUCAUUGGCAGCUUCGUGGCCAGCAUGACCGCUACUCUGAGACAGAUGGACGACUACCACUACACUCACCUGAUCAACACCUUCGGCAAGAUGAGGACCGACGUUGUGGAUUUCCUGAUGGAAACAUUCAUCAUGUUCAAGGACCUCAUUGGGAAGAAUGUCUACCCUGGCGACUGGGUCAUCAUGAACAUGAUGCAGAAUAAAGUGUUCCUGAGGGCCAUUAAUCAGUAUGCAGCCGUGUUAAACAAGAAGUUCCUGGAUCAGACCAACUUUGAGCUUCAGCUGUGGAACAACUACUUCCACCUCGCCGUGGCGUAUCUUACCCAGGAGUCCUUGCAGCUUGAGAACUUCUCCAGCGACAAACGAUCCAAGAUCUUCCAGAAGUACCAGGACAUGAGGAGACAGAUCGGCUUUGAGAUCAGAGACAUGUGGUAUAAUCUAGGUCCACACAAGAUCAAGUUCAUCCCAGAGAUGGUGGGUCCCAUCCUGGAGAUGACUCUGGUCCCAGAGAUCGAGCUGAGGAAAGCUACCAUCCCCAUCUUCUUCGACAUGAUGCAGUGUGAAUUCCACUUCACAUGCAGCUUCCAACGGUUUGAGAAUGAGAUCAUCACCAAACUGGAUCACGAGGUGGAGGGGGGCAGAGGAGACGAGCAGUACAAAGUCCUCUUCCACAAGAUUCUGUUGGAACACUGCAGGAAACACAAGUACCUGUCUAAGAGUGGGGAGAGCUUUGUGAACCUGGUGGUUCGUCUGUUGGAGAGGCUCCUGGACUACAGGACCAUCAUGCACGAUGAGAACAAGGAGAACCGGAUGAGCUGCACCGUCAACGUGCUGAACUUCUACAAGGAGAUCGAGAGAGAGGAGAUGUACAUCAGGUACCUGUACAAGCUGUGUGACCUCCACAAGGAGUGUGACAACUACACUGAAGCUGCCUACACACUGCUGCUGCACGCUAAGCUGCUGAAGUGGACUGAGGAGCCGUGUGCAGCCCACCUCACCCAGAGAGACGGCUACCAGGCCUCCACACAGGGACAACUCAAGGACCAGCUCUACCAGGAGAUCAUCAACUUCUUCGACAAGGGCAAGAUGUGGGAGGAAGCCAUCGUACUAGGAAAGGAGCUGGCAGACCAGUAUGAGAAUGAGAUGUUUGACUUUGAGCAGCUCAGUGCCUCCCUGAGGAAGCAGGCUCAGUUCUACGAGAACAUUGUGAAGGUGAUCCGGCCCAAGCCAGACUACUUCGCUGUGGGAUACUACGGCGUGGGCUUCCCUUCCUUCCUCAGGAACAAGAUGUUCAUCUAUAGGGGGAAGGAGUACGAGAGGAGAGAGGACUUUGAGGCCAGACUGCUCACCCAGUUCCCCAACGCGGACAAGAUGAAGACGACCACGCCGCCCGGCGACGACAUCAAGACCUCUUCCUCACAGUACAUCCAGUGUUUCACCGUCAAGCCUGUUCUAGAACUCCCUUCAAAGUUCCAGAACAAACCCGUCUCUGAGCAGAUUGUCAGCUUUUACAUGAUAAAUGAAGUGUAUCAGUUUCAGUACUCCAGACCGGUGAGGAAGGGAGAGAAGGACCCAGACAACGAGUUCUCGAACAUGUGGAUCGAGAGAACCACUUACACCACGGCCUACAAACUGCCUGGGAUCCUGCGCUGGUUCGAUGUCAGGUCUGUCUCCACGGAGGAGAUCAGCCCAUUGGAGAACGCCAUGGAGACGAUGCAACUGACCAAUGAGAAGAUCAGCAACAUGGUGCAGCGUCACCUGAAUGAUUCCAACCUUCCCAUCAACCCCCUCUCCAUGCUGCUCAACGGCAUCGUGGACCCCGCUGUCAUGGGCGGUUUCACCAACUACGAGAAGGCAUUCUUCACAGAGAAGUAUAAGGCGGAUCACCCUGAGGACCAGGAGAAACUGGACAAACUGAAAGACCUCAUCGCAUGGCAGAUCCCUUACCUAGCUGAUGGUGUUCGUAUCCAUGGAGAGAAAGUGACAGAGGCUCUGAGGCCUUUCCAUGACCGCCUGGAGGCCUGCUUCAAACAGCUCAGAGAGAAAGUGGAGAAACAGUACGGAGUCAAGACACUGCCUGCGGUGGAUGACAGACGAGGGACCCGUCCUCGCUCUCUGCUGCGUUCCUUCACCAUGUCCUCACAACAGAGACUCUCUGUGGCUUCAGUCAACUCCAUCUCCUCUGACAACUCCCCCUCCAGACCUGGCUCAGAUGGCUUUGCUCUCGAGCCUCUGCUGCCAAAGAAGUUGCACUGCAAGUCCCAGGACAAGCUGGAGCGCGACGAGUCGGAGAGGGAGAGGAAGGACAAGAAGAAAGAGAAGAGGAACAGUAAACACCAGGAGAUCUUUGACAAGGAGCUGAAGACGACCGACAUCUCCCUGCAGCCUGCCGAGGCAGUCAUACUGUCAGAGACGAUCAGCCCACUGAGGCCUCAGAGACCAAAGAGUCAGGUGUUGAACCUGUUGAGUGGAGACCGCCGUAUCUCUGUGUCCCCCGGACCCCCCCAGCCCCAGUCCUCCCCGGGGCCCCCACCCAUCACCCCCAGGAACAAACUGUCCUUCAGCCUGCUCACCGUCUCCAGUCUGGAGCUGAACGGGAUGGGGGUUGAUAAAGGAGAGACUCCUCCCCCCCUGCCCGUGAAGGGCAUCUCUGCUGAUUAUGGGAACCUGCUAGGAGAUAAUCAAGACUUGACGAGUCCCUCCACCCCUCCCCUGACACACCAUCAAAGGCAUUUGCCACCUCCUCUUCCCAGCAAGACCCCUCCUCCCCCUCCCCCUAAGACCACCAGGAAACAAGCCUCCAUCGAUUCAGGAAUUGUACAAUAAACAAUGACAUUAAGACACCCGAUUUAAAACACACAAGGUUCUUUCCCCUCUGCAAUCCCCCCCUCCCUCAUCCCCCCCUCAUCCCCGCUCAACACAAGGCUGCGUUAACAAAAUGGCGACCUAGUUCCAAUAGUGGACUACUUUUCACCAUCGGGUUCUGGGCAAACGUAGGGCACUAUAUAGUGAACAGGGUGCCAUUUGGGGAAACAGCCGCAGUCUGACCAGGAGUGGAAGAAGAGUAUCUCACUCAGGCAACACUCCUUAUUGAGCCAUUCAUCUUGUCCGUGUCCCAAACGGCACCCUAUUCCCUAUAUAGUGCACUACUUUUGACCACGGCCGAUAGGGCUCUGGUUAAAAGUAGUGCACUACGUAGGGAAUAGGGUGCCAUUUUGUGGCAGAGCCUCAUUGAUCCUUUUCAAUUUUGCCUCAAGUGUGAUGAUGCGGUCUACUCUACCAUAGGUAGAUAGGUGAAGCAGUUUCACAUGAUUACUGGUCACUGAAUUUAUUGAUGCGAUCUACCAUCUAGGACUCCCUGCUCCACGUGAUACCAGUUCAGGCCUUUAGAAUGCUAUGAGAUCGUGUUCCACCUAUAGAACCUUUAGAAUGAGUGAAAUGAAUAUAGAAUCAGAACCAGGUGAAUGAAGCGUUCUCUGGUUCUGUCUUUGACCAAUAGACAGGCUGGUGAGUGACGACCAACAUUCUGACCCCUCCCACCUGCCCUUAGGAGCUGGGAGCACAUAGUCACAGAAAACAUGCUUUUUAUUCUGUGGUUUAUCUUUUGUAUCCAUAGUAACAGAAAACAUCCAUUUUAUUCAGUGGUUCAUCUUUUUCUAUCCAUAUUCCCGAUUUGUACAGAGGUUUGUAUAUAGGAUUUUAUUUUCAUUUCAUUUUUUUUAAUGUGGAAUUUAUCAUGACUUUUAUUUUGUAUUAACAUUGCAUUAGAUUAACAGGUUUGCAAUUAUACCCCCCCCCCCCAACAAAAAAAAUAAAUAAUGUUUUUUAAAGUUUUUAAAUGACAGGGACUAUAAAGAAUUGGUAUGUGAGAAUCUGCCUAUCGUUGAUUUUCUGGGUAAGGUUUGUGUUUUCUUUGCAGUGAACACAGCUAACUCCCUCCUCCUCCAUCAUACAUCGUCAUUGUAUAGGAUUUUAACGCUGUAACAUUGACUGUUUCCAAUUCACUACUGACUUCUGAAUAAACUUUCUCAACUGGA